UUACCUUCCUCCCCAAACCUAUCACUUCCGCCAGCUACCUCACCACCAGCACCCCGACCAGAAUGCACCUCCCCCUCCCCCUAUCAAUCCUUGGGACCCUCGCUCUCCUCUUCCUUCCCCCUUCAAUUGCCCAAGCCAUAACCCCGCGAACAACCCCACAAACCAAAUUCCAAUACCGCACAAACGGAACCUGGCUCGAAAACCUGGCGCUGGGCCCCGCCCCGAGCGGUGCAACCACCACGCCAACGCUACUCGUAACCCGCAUGGACGUCCCCGAACUGUGGUCAAUCGAUGUCUCCACCGGUCGGGGCGAGGUAGUGGCGUCCUUCCCCAACGCCACGGCCUGCAUGGGGAUCACCCCGCUGGGCCAGGAUGGGGUGUACGCGGUCGUCGUGGGACGGCUCCGGAUCACGGACAUUGGGCAUCCUGUUCCGGGGUCCUGGGGGAUUUAUGAGGUUGAUCUUUCGGGGGGUGUUGCGGGGGAGGAUGAGGAUGGCGAUGGCGAUGAGGGUGCUGUGUCCGUGCGCAAGAUGGCGGAUGUGCCCGAGGCGGGGUGGUUGAAUGGGAUGGCGCUUUUCCCGUCCGGGGGGACUGGGAUUCAGGCUAGGGGUGGAGAAAAGGCGGGGGUCGUGCUGAUCGCCGACUCGGUGAAUGGAGUGAUCUGGCAACUCGACACCCAAACCGGAACGUACCGCGUGGCGCUGAACGAUACGGCCAGCAUGGCGGCGUCGCCGACGGAUCCGUUGGGGCUCGGGGUGAACGGCGUGCGCGUGUGGCGCGGCUUCGUGUACUACUCGACCGACUCCGUGCAGGCGGUUUUUCGCGUGCCGGUGCGGUGGGACGAUUCCUCGCAGACCGUCAGAGCGGCCGGGGUCGUUGAGACCGUCGCGUCGGGGGUGGUCGUGGAUGACUUUGCCGUGGCUGAGGAUGGGGGUCUGUAUCUCAUGGCCGUGGCGGAUAACCAGGUGGUUAGGGUUACGGCCGCCGGGGAGCGGUCGGUCCUGGCGGGCACCAGGGAGAGUGCCCAGGUCGCUGGGUGUACCUCCGGCGUGAUCUCCAGGGAUGGGCGGAGAUUGUUUGUGACCACGAAUGGGGGCCAUAUCACCCCGCCGAAAGGAGGGGAGGAGCCGGCGAAGCUGGUGGAGAUUGAUUUGUAGGUCAGGAGCAGGGGCACGGUAUGCUUACGGUCAAGGAUUGAAGUUCGGCGAAUUGCAGUCAGCAGCGUAAGUAUCAGUGAAUAAGAUACAAGUAUAGCAUAACAGUCAAUAUCACUAAAAUCCAGGCAAG